AUGCUGGACGAAGCAGGACAAAUCCAAGCUGAUGCCAAGUAUCGGGAAGGGGUUCGAGUUGUUGGGUCUUCUUCUGUUUCCGAUGGGGAGAAUGAAGACUUGAAGGUUAUAAACUAUGUGUUUGAAUGCCUAAGUCCUGAAGAUAGGGUUUUUCGUUCCCCACUUUCAUAUUUGUCUCAAGAAGAAUUGGCCACGCUUAGACCAGGGGCUUUUUUGGAUUCAUUGGUAAUAGAUAUUUUUGCGGAGAUGUUAACCCAUGUUGAGCGAAAGAAGAAAAUUACACCUUCGAAUUGGUAUCUUCCUGUGACAUUUUCGGAGGCAGCACUCAAAUGCAGCAUAGGUCGCUUCUUGGAUUUUGUCCAUCGCCAAAAAAUAAGAGAAAAUCAUAUGUCUGACCUGGAAUCCUGUGAAAAGGUGUUUAUUCCUGUUCACAUUGGAGCAAAGCCAAAUGGUGGACAUUUUUAUUUAUACAUUAUUCAUUUGAAGAAUGAAGAGAUUGAAAUAUGGGAUUCGCUACUCAAUAAAUUUGUGGCUGAACCAAAACGCAAUGAGAUAACAAAAAAAGUGUUGCUUGCGAUGGAAAAGCUGUUCGUGAAAGUAGCAUUUACAAAAUUUCGUUCCAAGAUGGCAAACGACAUCCUUCUACAGCCGAAUGAAAUUGACUGUGGCAUCUUUGUUGUGAAGUUCAUGGAACAGUCCCAUAAUUACGUGAAGAGAAAUUCUUUAUUUCAGUUCGACAGUAAAAAAGAAAGGGAGGAUUUGGCUUCAAAGUUGCUCAACAGUGAUCUGAACCAAGAAAAACAAAGUCUACAUGACAAAGCAAGCCAGCACUAUGCCCAAGUUGAACCGCAAGAUGGCAAUAAAAGAUUACGAAUUGACAGACUGAAUAAGUAUGAUCGUUUAGAAAAAGGAUCUUCCAAAGGUUAUAUAUUGCCUACGACAGAUUUAAUAGGUGAGAAGUUUCAAAGCAAUAUUCAAGAUAUAUGUAAAUGGAUAAUGGAUGACGAGGUGUCAGCAAUUGGAAUCUGGGGAAUGGGAGGGUCAGGAAAAACAGCCUUAGCAACCCAUAUACAUAACAACCUUAUUUUAGAAGCUAGUAGUGACAUGAAAGUUAUUUGGGUAACCGUAUCACAAAAUAGCAUCUCCCAUUUGCAAAAAGUGAUAGCCAAAUCAAUUGAGUUGGAUAUAUCUGAUGAGUUUGACGUUAAAAGAAUUUCCGGAAAAUUAUUACAAGCAUUUAAAGAGAUGAAAAAAUGUGUUGUUGUUUUAGAUGAUGCUUGGGAUCAUUUUUUUCUAAAAGAGGUUGGAUUUCCCAUAUCAGGUAAUCGAAUUAAAUUGAUUUUGACCACUCGUAUAAGGGAAGUGUGUCAAGGUAUGGACUGUAAGGAGGUAAUAAAAGUGCAAUCUCUAUGUGGACAAGAUGAUUGGGCUUUGUUUGAAAAGCAUUUGGGAUUCCAUGAAGAACCGUCUUUGGUAGUGAAAAGCAUUGCACAGAUAGUGGCAUGGAAAUGUGAGGGAUUCCCCCUAGCGAUUGUUAGAAUCGCGACAACCAUGAAGGGGAAAACAGAGGCUAGAGAAUGGAGUCAUAUGUUGGAAUUUCUUGAAAACUUGGGCAAUGGACAACAUGAAAUGGACAAAUGGGUGUUUCCAAUUUUGAGAUCAAGCUAUGAUUUCUUAAAUAGCAAAUUGCAAAGAUUCUUCUUGUAUUGUGCUUUAAGUACCAAUGGAAUUUUUGGUGACAACGAUGCUAAUCGUUUGAUAAGAAGAUUUGUUUAUGAAAGCAUAGAUGAGACAAAGAAGUUGAGGGUGCAGUAUAAUGAAGGUUACAACAUGUUGGAUAAAUUAAAGAAUCAUAGCAUGUUGGAUUAUUAUGGUAGUAAAUGGAUGAUAAGCAAAUUUCUUAGAGUCCUUGCUAUUGGUAUUGCAGAAGAAACUUGUAAAAUUAUGGGAAAAGCUUAUAAGAAUUUGACAAAAAUACCAAGUGAUAGCCAAUGGAAAGAAGAUCUACAAAAAGUUUUUCUGAUGGGAAACAAGAUACAAACAAUUCCAAAUGGAACAUGUCUUAAGUGUUCUCAAGUUUCAACAUUGCUUUUAAACUGUAAUGUAAAACUCAACCACAUUUCAGAUGAUUUUUUCAACAACAUGCCCGCUCGUGAAAUACUUGAUUUGUCUGAGACUGGGAUUAAGUGUCUACCCGAAUCGUUGUCCAACUUGAAAUGUCUGAUUGCAUUAUUACUUUCUGGAUGUAAAGAAUUGAGUUACGUUCCUUCAUUAAUAAAAUUGAAACGCCUAAUAUCACUGGAUCUGUCUUUUACUGCCAUCACUGAACCACCUGGGGGCUUGGAAUCAUUGGUCAAUCUUAGAUGCCUAUGUCUACUCCCUACAGAAAAGCUGAAAAUGUCAGCAUCGCUCCUAUCCAAAUUGAUCGAUUUAGAGUGUCUUGAGGUGGGUUGGGCCCACUGCUCAACGGAUGCAAUAGGACAAGGUACACCAGUUUUGGAAAAUUUGGAAGUUACAGAAGCCUAUUUUCGUGACAUUAACGUAUUCAAUAACUUUGUGAGCUUCCUGGCCCAUAAUUGUGUAACCAGAAGCUGUCGAUUGACUUUAGGGGAUGCAAAAUACGUUGUUAGCCGGCACUAUAUUCAUCAAUCUUAUGAUAGAGAAUAUUCCGUGAAAAAGAUACUCAUUGAGGAUAUGGUCUUGGGAAAUGAAAAAGUAAGACUCCCAGGAGGCAACGAGAUGUUGGUUAUCAAGAAAUGCAGCCCAGGGAAAGGUAAUAGAUCCCUAUGCAGUGUUUUAUCAUAUGGCCACAGCAAUAAUCCAUCCCAAACCGAACUGUUGGAAAUCAGCUUCUGUGAAGAUUUGGAGUGCUUGUAUUGUUGUAAUUGCCCCUUUUGCUCCUCUUCCCAACUUGUUGGAAGUCUACACCUCGAGGACAUGGAGGACCUGAAAUAUUUAGUGUCACCAUAUGCUAAUUCCUUGCAUCAGUCCACCCUAUUUUCGCAUCUCACAUAUCUCUCUAUUAGGCUUUGCAACAGCAUGGAGGCUUUGAUGACACCCAAGUUAUUGGCACACCUACAAAACUUGCGCACCAUUGAUGUUAAUUUUUGUCGGAAGAUGAAAGAAAUCGUUGGAGCCGAAAAGGAUCAUUCUGAAUUGGAACCCACAGCUGGUGGUGGCGACCUGAUGGAUCUUGUACGUGAACACCUCCCUCACCCUCCUAUCACUCUUCCCAAGUUGACAUCUCUCAAAUUACGUGUCAUGCCACAAUUAGAUUUCGUAUGCAGAGGCCUCAUGCUCUGCCCUUCCCUCCAAACAUUCUCUGCUAUUAAUUGUCAGCAACUAAAUCAGCCUCUGAUAGCGAUCUCAAAUGAUAGAAGUGGGCUUCUGAUGGAGAAGACCCCAACUGGAUAUCAUUGGCGAAGUAACACUGACUAA